ACACGCAGAAGCCACCAACGUACGGGCUUCACGUUCAUGCGUUAUGUCACUGUUACAUAUGUUUUCCAUGCUCACACAGUUGUUCAGCGUGUAGUCUUGAAACAGGGCGUUUGCAGUCGUAGAUUCCGGUCUUCGACCUUUCCUGCCUUUGUGACAUUGUUUGUCAGGACCGUUGACAUGGUGUUUGGAUUCUUAUGCACGUAAAGCGGGCUGCGUCCAUUCUGGAAUGUUAAGAUUAAGACGGUUAAUCGCCAGAUGACAUUGACUGUCAUCGAAUGCACUUUCUCCAUAUUCCCUGUAUAGGUUUCCGGCGGUCUUCGCUUCCUCUCCUUUGCUGGGAAGUCCUUAUGUCAGUAGCCAAACUAUUGCCGACACUUUGGCAGAGAGCUCUGUUCUCUAACCUAUCUAGAGAUCAGAUUGAUCUUCAAAGUAACGGGCGGGCGCAUAAAACAUUCGACCUUAACCCGAGGGUCCCUUCAUUCUCGGUCGCAAUCCAAUGAUACACGGGUUAUCAUCGGUAGAAAGUCUGCGAAACCCCAUCCUCAGAAGUUCAACCCUACUGUAGUCACGGCAAACGAACAACAACCCGGGACGCCCUGACAAGCCUUACUCAUUAGCACAACUUUCCGACAAAGAUAACUCCCUCAGUGACUCCUCUCUCCCUUGUCAUCUCUUCUAAAGUUCUCCGAGAUCAAGUAGAAUCGGACGAAGCUUCACACAAGACGCCGGGUCAUACCAGGUACCGACAGCCUGUUCGGCGUUGGUUUCGUUACUAUCUUAGGCAUAUGGAGGCUUAUCGAUAUCACUAAGCUCAAAUGUAGUCAAUGCGGGACGCUUGGUGGUUGCACAUGAACAGGGACACCCACUUUCAUUAAGCGGGCCGCUCUCGAUCUUACUGGGGAGGGGAUCUCCGGGAUUUGCUGCAAAGUUAUUGGUCGUAACUUUGAACAGUCAGAGAGCCAAGAGAUGUACCCCCCUCACGGUUACUAUUGCCUGUACUCGGUCUACCGGUCGGCGUUUGGCCUAACAGAUCCCAAUAUCUCUGAAGAGACCGGGAACGACUUACUCUAAGAAGUCGCCGUAGACCGGUGUAUCUGGUAUUGAUCGCCUCACAUCGUUGCAGUCCGCAUCAGCCAGUAAACGUACGGCGCUCUCAUGGGGGCGCCGCCCGGUUACCUGCAAGGUUGCUGGUGUAGGCAAGCAACUCUGUGUUCGUAUUCAUAUCUGGGAACGGAGAACUGUGAUCUUGAAGCAUUGCCGCUACUCUGUUACCUGGUUGAGCGGCCGGUUUCGGGCCAAUAGGAUACUAUUUCUAACAUCGGCGUAAUUUUAAGGUUCUGUGCUUGCGACCUACGGACCCAUCUCUGGAGGCGUCGGUGUGCUUUCGAGCGCAAUCUCUCUUACGUAACAGUAGCUGACAUCGUGAUUUGAACUGCAUAGUUCAUCCUUUGACCAUGGACACCUUCCUUGGCAAAAAUACAAGCAGUUUGUCGCCGAUAUUCCUCGAGACUUUCUUCUCGUUCCUUGGGUAUUUGGCUACCCCGAUCAGUCGGUGCUGUUGAGAUGGCCAUCGCAACCGUCAGGAAUGCGCCGGCUUCAAUAGCGCAUACCAAUGACAAUCAUUCUGAUGUUCCCUUGACACCGAAAACAUCUGUUUAUCACGAAGUACAUUCUCAAGCACAUCGAGGGGUAACUCAACGGUCUACAUGCAUGACGGUGAAUCUGGCACCGUUUCUAAACUGUGACGCUUUCCAAUCAAGGUGAUGUGUUUUCAUUACACAAGUCUUCUCCCAAAGACGUCAACACGUCAAACUGUCAUCCUGACAUCAAUGAGCACAGGAUGCUGCAUUAUCUACUUGGUUUCCUCGUUACUUCGAUAUUUUGUUGGACGAGCUUCGUUGAGAUUCGUAGAGGUCGUUCAUCGGCAUAAUUAGUGACCAUGAAGGUCGAUAAUUCUGGUUAUUUUUCAACAUGGGCGGAACGAUACAACAACCACUGAUGACAGCUCCCCGGCGAAAUCGCUGCUAUCAAUCGCGUACCUUAAUAAGCCUCCAAGGGUAUAAUAACGAGACUUGAUCUUAGUCCUGGUCUAGCUAGACGAUCUCCGUUCACGCAACAUCCUCACUACUACUGAUAUUUUCACCCCCAGAAAUGACUCCUUCUAAUGUUCUACAAGCUACAGUCGGAUAUGGGUUGCUCGUGCAUCAAGUCUAUAGGAAAACCGAAUCAUCAAAUUUCAUCCUCGCUGUGUCACUCUUUGCGCUCCUACCCUUGUACAUUUCUUCGCUCCUGACACUGGAUUACCCCCCUCUUGUGGCGAUAUUGAUUACCUACACAUUUUUUCUGACAACGUUAAUACUUUCAAUUGUCUGCUAUCGUGUCUCACCCUUCCAUCCACUUGGACGAUACCCCGGGCCUCUAGCCUGCAAGAUCACCAGGCUUUGGCUAUUCAAAUUCUCAAGGCGUGGACAACAGCAUCUUUACAUCCGAAGCUUGCAUGACCGCUAUGGUGAUGUGGUCCGGAUAGGCCCCAAUGAACUAUGCAUUUGCGAUUCGACUGCGAUUGCUCCUAUGAUGGGCCAGGCUGGGCUUCCGAAAGGUCCUAACUGGACUGGGCGAUCUAUGGAUCCUCCCAUUCCCGCCCUUUCUGCAAUUCGCGAUCCAGUUCUGCAUGGUCAACGACGAAAGCCAUGGAAUCGCGGUAUGAGCGUUUCUGCUCUAAGAGAAUACGAAUCUAUCGUCGCCAAGCGUGCCGUCCAGUUCAUCAAUGUCAUGGAACAGCAAAAGGGAACGCCGAAUUUGGCUCACUGGCUUGCCUGCUUCUCGUAUGACCUGAUUAACGACAUAGCCUUUGGAGGUGGCUCAGAACUACUGAGAGAGGGUGAUACUGAUGGAAUACUUCAUACUAUAGAGCAAGGCAUGAGGAAGGGUUUCAUUUUCGAACAUCUCCCGUGGCUGGCUGGCUACGCUUAUAAGAUCCCUGUCAUUGGUCGUGCCACAAGGACCGUCCGAGAGACUGGUCGACGGAAAGCUCAACAUAGAACCAAGAAUGGUUCAACUGUUAAGGAUCUCUUUUACUAUCUGAAUAAUGAGGAUGGAGUAGAGAAGACGCAGCCAAACCCGGACCAAGUGGCCUCCGACGGUUCACUAGCCGUCAUAGCCGGUGCAGACACAACUGCAGCUACCCUGUGCAAUGCGCUGUAUUUUCUGAUGCGAAACCCGGAAUGCUACGACCGACUUCAAGAAGAGGUUGAUAAGUUCUAUCCAAUUGGGGAGAAUGCGCUGGACCCCAAAUAUUACAGCAAGAUGCCGUAUCUGGAGGCGGUAAUCAAUGAGACAAUGAGGCUAUAUCCAGGCGCACUCAGCGGAAGCCAACGUGCUCCGAUGAAGGGAUCUGGUGGAAAGGCGAUUGGACCAUAUUUCAUACCCGAGGGAAACCAAGUUCGGGUUCAUACCUAUACUAUUCAACGCUGCUCGCGUUACUUCUCGCACCCAGAUACAUUCUGGCCGGAACGCUGGCUCAUCGUGGGCGGGCUUCAAGCUGCUCCGAAUCCAAAGGAAUUCGUACACAACAGCGACGCGUUCAUUCCCUUUUCCUAUGGCCCCGCGAAUUGCGUUGGGAAGAAUCUUGCCAUGCAAGAAAUGCGUAUGGUGCUUUGCCAUUUCAUGCAACGCUUGCGAGUUCGCUUUGCUCCUGGUUGGAACGUGGAUGAAUGGGAGCGUAACUUGCAUGAUUUCUUUAUCUUGCUGACGGGAGAGUUGCCUGUCAUUGUUGAACCACGUUGCGAUCGAGAAACCUAGGUUGCACUAUAUAUUGUUUCACUCCCUACUGGUAAGCUUAUUCAUAGGUGUAACUCAAGAAAACUCAUACUGUUCGAAGCGUUCGGGCACAUUUUCCCCUUCAUUCUGUAUUUUUACGAUACUCACAUUAAUCUUCUUACAAUGAUAGUCUCUUGAGAGGCAUUAUGACAUGCAUCAUAACACAACUUUCCUUAGAUACUACUGUUAUAACAAGAUCUACGUCAUUCACAAAUAAAAGGACUCCAACCACAGCGGAAGAAUUCCAGACCC